CAUACAAGCAUACAAUUCCAAGAACAGUUCACAAAUACGAUUUUAACAUAAUUCAAAAAUGAAAUAAAAAGCAGAAAGUGUGCAACAGUGAUGUGGUGACAUAUCUUUCUAUGACUACCAGCCACUCUCUUCUUCCUCACCAUCACAAUACUUCAUCUUCCUAGAUAUGCUCCAACAAUGGCUGAUGAAGAAGAAUCCAACCACCACCAUAUAACAGACUCAUCCUCGCCGCCUCCUCUCGGGAUGAGACACCAAUCAGCGUUGGAGCACGGUGGUUGCGGCGAGAUCGUGGAGGUUGAGGGAGGCCACAUUGUGCGAUCAACAGGAAAAAAAGACAGACACAGCAAAGUCUGUACGGCUAAAGGACCACGUGACCGGCGCGUGAGGCUCUCAGCUCCAACAGCGAUUCAGUUCUACGAUGUUCAAGAUCGACUCGGUUUCGAUAGACCAAGCAAAGCCGUUGAUUGGCUCAUCAAGAAAGCUAAGUCCGCCAUUGAUGACCUCGCCGAGCUUCCUCCGUGGAACCCCGCCGACACAAUCCGUCAAGCUGCUGCAAACAAACCCAAAAGAUACAAAACUUUAGUUCCUCCGCCGGCGACGGAGAUUCACGGUGGUUCCGGAGAAGAAACAGAGCAUCACCCGUCAGUUUUUCUCCCGGCGUCGAUUUACCAUCAGCCACCGUCACGAGCCGAUACACAAAGCCAAGACCUUUGUCUCUCGCUUCACUCCUUCCAAAAGGCUCCUCCUUUCGCCGAUGAAACAGAGCAUGAAACAGAGCAUGCUCUGUUAUCCGGACAGAGCAAUCCGUUAGGGUUUGAUUCAUCGACGGCGAGCUGGGACCAGUCGCAACAGAACCAUCGGCUGGUGACGUGGAACAACGGCGGAGCAGCUGACUCCGCCGCAAGUGGAGGAGGAGGAGGGUUUGUGUUUGCUUCUCCGGCUACUACAACGACGUCGUUUCAGCCACAAAGUCAGUUUUUUUCUCAGAGGGGUCCCCUUCAGUCCAUUAACACACCAAUGCUUCGUGCUUGGUUUGAUCCUUACCAUCACCAUCAGUCCGUUACGACCAACGAUCAUCAUCAUCAUCAUCAUUACCAUCCUUACCAAUCAGCAAUACCAGGCAUUGCGUUUGCCUCUAGUGGUGACUUAUCCGGUUUACGUGUACCAGCCCGGUAUCAGAGUGAACAAGAUGAUCACGGCGACAAGCCAUCGUCUGAUUCAUCUGAUUCUCGCCAUUGAACUAGAUCCAAAAAAUAAGAUUGUGCAUUAGAAAUGGUUUCCACUCAUCAAACUGGUAAUAACGUUUCAUGGAGCUUGUGUAAUAAGGAAUGUGUUCUUGUUGUUGUGUGUUUAGGAUAUGGAAUGACUAUGUGUGUUAUCAAGAGUUGCAGAUUCUUGUUUCUUCCAUGUAACCAAGCGUUUUGUGAUUUAAAUCUAAUUUGUAUCAGUUAGACAAUUUUCUGCAAACUCUAUUGUGUUUUUCUAGUCAUGCAAGCUCACGUCUUGUGUUAUUGUAUCCUGAUUGUGUAGCAAUGUGUUCUUGUAUUAAAUAAAUGUGUAAUUCCC